UCAAAACUAUAAAGCAUUGCAGCCUCUCUGCAUGCAAGCGUAUUUGUGCGUCUGAGAGAGAGAGAGCAACGCAAUCACUCUGCUGCGGAAGAACUUGAUCUCUAGCAAUCCACCAUGGGUAAAGUACAUGGAUCUCUGGCUCGUGCCGGUAAGGUGAGAGGCCAAACCCCCAAAGUGGAGAAGCAAGAGAAGAAGAAGAAGCCCCGUGGACGCGACCACAAGCGCAUGCAAUACAAUCGCCGAUUCGUCACCGCCGUGGUUAGAUUUGGCAAGAAGAAGGGUCCAAACUCGUCAGAGAAGUGAAGCAAAGCUUUGAGAGGAUGAGAAGGCUCUUUAGGUUAAAGAUUUGUUUGGUUUUCAUUUUUCAUUUCAUGUUAUGUUAAAGACUCUGAUGCUUAUUAUGUUAGUUGCUGGAGAUAAGUGCUGGAUUAUUUAUGAUUAUGUUGGAGUUAUGCUGAUCAAUUAUUUUGAGAAUGAUAUGAGUUUGUUUAA